AUCUUGACUUUGAAGCAUUUUUCUUUUUCUUCUACCAGAAGCGUACUAUAGUGUUACAGUGAAAUAGUAGCAGACAGAUGGAGAGUAAAGUUUUAUUUAAGAUUGCAUGAAUUUAAGGCAAAAUGGUGCAGACGCAUCAGCUUCCUCUUUCAUAUAUGCGCAGAGAGGAUUGGUUUAUUUUUGACGAGUGCUGGACUUCUGCUUUCAUUUUAGGAAUUUUUUUUCUGUGAUCCGAUCAACCGAUCUACAAGUUUCCUCAGAGAUGAAGGAUGAAUGUAGGAGUUUGAUGGCAGCUCUGUCUGUGAACGUGCUGACAGUCUACAUGUUCCUGAGUGUCUUCCUCCUUCCAGGAGUUUUGGCUCAAUGUGACCUUCUCAUCUCUGCACCAAAGAAGCUGGAAGCACUGACUGGAUCCUGUUUAUUGAUCCCAUGCAGCAUCAAAGCUGAACCAGAAAUAGACUUUUUAAACACACGAGAACCCUUUGGAGCUUGGAUUAAAGACACUAAGGAAUUUCUGAAUCCUAAAUAUUUUGAGAGAAGGAUGCGUGACCGCAGAGGUUUACUUUUUAUUACAGGGAAUUUAAAGCAGAAGAAUUGCACGGCCCUUAUAUCUAAUGUGACCACCGAACAUUCAAACACGUAUUAUUUUGGAAUCAUGCGUGGACCGGUUAGCCAUAAAGCUGAAUGUGAUCCCGUUGACAUCACAGUCAAAGAUUCUCCUCAGAGUCCCAGCAUUGAAAUCCCAGCUGAUCUGAAGGAGAAGACGUCUGUCUCCAUCACCUGCUCGGCUCCCACUCCCUGUCCUCACUCCCCUCCUGAACUCACCUGGAAUCUCCAAGCAGACUCUCAGAGACAAACGGAGACAAACACAGAUGGAAGCUUUACAACUAAAAUCCAGAAGAACAUCACUCUGUCAGACACUCAUGAUGGAUUCACCAUCAGAUGUUCUGCCAGAUAUCCUGUGAAUGAAGGACCACCAAAGACAGCAGAGACACUAAAGACUCUCAGUGUUUCAUAUACUAAGCAGUUCGGGGUCAUCUUUGCUUCGUUGAAGAUUCUGGGAGUCUUAAUGCUUUGUGCAGCAAUCAUCAUUUUUGAGUGUUGGUUUCAAUGCAGAUUCUCCAACAAACCUGAGAAGGACUCAAAAGAAGAAGUCUAUGAGAACAUAGUGAUGGAGACCCAAACAUCUGAAGACAUGGAGAGGCUGGGUUGAAGGGCGGUCUGUCAUUUGGCUAUUCCAGUGUAAAACUCCCAAGCUUGACAUACCUGUGUCAUUUUGGAUAAAAAUGUUUUCUCCAUGACAAAACACACAAACCAGGAAAUGUUUGUUCAUCUUAAAAAAUAAA